UCACAGAAGAGAGCAUCAAUCCAAUCAAAAUCACCAUGGCUUUGGCUUGGUCCGCUGUACGCAGGUCAGCUUCUAAGCUUGCUUCCGUGUGUGGUGGUAGAGUCCGAUAUAUCUCCUCUGCUGUUAAUCGCCCGAAUCUAGCUCGCAACUCAUCUAGUCUGAGUCCCUUCGUCUCUCGCGACUUUCUUUACUCGACGGCUAUUGAUCGAAUGAGCUCCGAGCAAACGCUUAUCCGAGUAAUUGACUCCGAGAUCAACUCUGCUUUGCAAUCCGGUGAUAUCGAUGUGGAUGAAGAGAUGACUCCAGGAAGCUUCCCUUUCAAAAUUGAAGACAAUCCUGGACAGCAGAAUGUAACAUUGACUAGGGACUACAAUGGGGAACAUAUUAAAGUUGUAGUAAGCAUGCCUAGUCUUGUUACUGAUGAAAAUGAUGACGAUGCUGAGGAUGAUGAUGGUCCUAGUAAUGAAUCAAGUAUUCCACUAGUUGUGACUAUUACCAAGAAGAGUGGACUCAGCUUAGAGUUUAGCUGCAUGGCUUUUCCUGAUGAGAUUGCUAUAGAUGCUUUAUCUGUGAAACAACCAGGGGAUUCUUUGGAGGAUCAAAUGGCAAAUGAAGGGCCUGAUUUCGAAGACUUGGACGAGAAUCUGAAGAAGACGUUCUACAAGUUUUUGGAGAUCAGAGGAGUGAAAGCAAGCACCACGAAUUUCUUGCACGAGUACAUGAUGAGAAAAGUGAACCGAGAGUAUUUGUCAUGGUUGAAGAAUGUUAAGGAGUUUAUGGAAGAGUGAAAUGUAAGGUCGACACCUAUGUAGCUAAGAAUGAGAUUACAAAGUCUCACCUUGUGUUCAUUGUUAGCAUUCAAAUGUAGUACACUCUUUGAGAAUUAAUGGUAAUGACUUUCCAGUUCA